AUGGCUGCCAUAUACAAACCUACCGAAGCGAUUGCACUGCUGCGUCCAACUUUGGUCCUGCCGCGCAUACAUGCCUCACAGCGGAGAGCGCAUAUCGGGCGCAUCGCCUUCUCCACCACCCACCAUGCACAAGCUACACACAGCUCGACGAGCAGUCCGCCUCCAAAACCACAGAGGAAAUCCAUUUCCUUGACUGGCGACACGGGCCAAGUCCGAUGGUCGGAGCUAUCGCCAGGCGAAAAAGCAGUGCGGACUACACAGCAAAGUUUCAACUUGGUAGUAGUCCUGGUGGGCAUAGUAGCAACAGGCGGCGUUGGCUACUUUCUCUUCUCCGAUGUCUUCAGUCCCUCCUCCAAGACCGCCUACUUCAACCGCGCGACAACUAUGAUACGCCAGGACGCCCGAUGUCAGAAACUCCUCGGCCCUGGCGCUGAAAUUGCUGCAUUUGGUGAAGGGUCUUGGUCGCGAUGGGCGCGCAAUCGCUACCUCAGCAGUACCCAAGAGACAGACAAGUGGGGCACAGAGCACCUGCGCUUCAAGUUUUAUGUCGAAGGUCCGUUGGGGCAGGGUGUUGUACAUGUGCAUUUGACCAAGCGACCAAGCCAGAAUGAUUACGAGUAUGAGACGCUUGCCGUGGAUGUCAAGGGGCAUCAGAGGAUUGACCUGGUAGCUGGGAACAAGUCGAGCAGCGUCGCACCCAAGAUUUUUGGAGCGCGGUGGUGGUGA